GAAAGACUCUUAUCGUUUGAACUUUCGACCUUUCGUGAGCCAGGGAGAGCCCAGGGUUGUACGCAUCGAACGGUUCGCGAAAACGCUAGUUUUGUCGUGUUGUAAUUUCCGACAAUGUUGUUUCACAUUGCUGCCGCGGCGGUGCUCACGAAUAUCGCGAUUCUGGAGAUCUAUUCGUUCUAUGACAUACCGGGAACCAUGGACAAUCAGUUGUUAUCGCACAAGAACCCGUUGUAUCGCGUGUUCGUUUACGGAACACUGAAACGAGGGGAGCCGAAUCACAGUCUGAUCCAAGACACUGCGAACGGGUACGCGAAAUUCCUGGGACUUGGGAAAACCACGGUUCAGUACCCAUUAGUUAUCGCAACGAGAUAUAACAUACCGUUUUUGUUGAAGAAACCUGGAGUUGGUCACCAUGUUCUGGGUGAAAUAUACGAUGUUGACACUAAAAUGCUAAAGAAACUAGACGAAUUGGAAGAGCACCCAGCGUUUUACCAAAGAUCGGAGGCAGACGUUCUGAUGGCUCCAGAGGCUAAGAUUAAAACAAACGAUAACUUCGAAGAGGUUGGUACCUUGAUGAAAGUCUGGAUAUAUUUUCUACCAAAGUUCAAGGCAUCCUUGUUGGAGGGCCCCAUGUAUACCUCCUAUAGUAACGAAGGAAGCCACGGAUUAAAGUAUUGCGAGAAUGAGGAGAGUACAAUAAGGCCCGAAGAUCUGUUUUGAUGAAGCGUAUUUGCAAAAUGUUCAUUGCCACUUCAUUGCGCACGAACGCUUGAACGUUCACACUGUUAUUCGUGGUAGUCAAUAAAAGAUCAUCCAUCACAUUAAA